AUGACGCCCCCCACGACUCGCUCGACGGUCGACGACGAUCCAAACGCUUUGUAUCGAGGUGCUCCCCCUCGUGUUGUCAAGGUGCGCGCCAUAUCGUCGUCCGAUCGUCUGUUACGACCCACCAAGGCGUCGCUAGCAGCUUUUAGACCGAAAGUGUUGACAGGGAAGGACAAGGAGCUGGCCGAGGCGCGCGAGAAGGCACUGAAACGGCGUCGACUGACUCGGAUCACCAAAGAAAACGGCCGCCUCACCAUUCCCCAGUCGCCCAAGUUUCGGCCUUUGAAGAUGGCUACACCCCGUUCCCGUGCUGACAUGUUGACGCGCACGUCUCGAGAGCUUUUGGAGAUUGCCGCGAUUCGCAAGCGAGUGCAAGCGCAGAAACGCAAGACGAAGAAGUAUCACGAUGCGACGACGCACGGGGCCGCUCCAGGCAAGAGCGACCAGUUCUCAAGAGCUCUGUCCGCCAGUGGCGGGGUCGGGGUCCCUGCCGUUCGACGGCCGAAGCUGACGACGCCUGUGGGCUUUGCAUUUGAGAUCGAUAAACGUGCAGCUCGAGCGGAAGCUCGAAAGAGCUUGAAGCGGAAGAGCGCGGUCUUGGUGCCGUCGACGGCAGUAGUGGAUGUGCACGAGAGCAACGAGGCAAACGAGAAGGAGAACGUGAUUGGUGUCGAAGAGGACGAAGAGGCCGAGAAGAAGAGACGUAAACAGCGUCGGACGUCGACGGUAGCAGCAUAG